UGUGAAGGUAAAUUUCAAAAUGGCGGUGUUCAAGCAAAAAGUCCUAUGUUGGACUCUUGCUAGCGCCACAUUUGCUGGCCUUAUAUACAUAAUGAUAACAGUUGUUUUUGCUGUUGUUCUAAGAACUGUUGAUCUGAUAGCUAUUGGUUCACCAGAUAUUGAAAUCAGUAGAGGAUUCCACACACAAUGGAGAUCACAUCAAGCAGAAGCUUUCCUAGCCAGUGACAUUAUUGUGUUCAUUGGUCACAUGAUUACACUGAUUUUUACCUUCAUCUUGCUGAUUUAUGUUUCACGCGAGCAUUUUGUGAUGUAUAUGGACACACUUAAAUACUAUAGAAGAUGGCUCAUGGUUUACACAUUUUUUGAAUUCUGUUUCUCAGUUUUCGAAUUUUCAUUUUAUGGAAAUAACACAUUUAGGUUAGAGUUUCUGGUAUUUAUUUGGUUGUAUUGGUUGUUUCGAGUGGCUGUCAACAUUUUAUUCAUUCUGGUGAUACAAUCGAGAGAAGAAGAAAUGAAGGAUGAAAUGGCCAUGGAAUUGAGAUUCUCAGAGAAAAAGUACAGCCAUUCAUAUGCCUAGAUAUCCUGAUAUCAUGGAGAAUUUGUAUAUAGAUUUAUUUUUAAAUACAAUUAACAGAAAAUAAUUUCAACAAAAAUUUAUUUGAACUGCACAAAGAUUCAACAGAAAGUGCUUGUCUUGUUUUUAUCCUUCAUUCUAAUUUGAAGAAUUAUUUGUUUAGAUUAUAUAACAUUCCAAUUUGUUUUCUAAAUUUAUGAAGUCAGUUCCUUUUAGUUUUCAACUUAACAUUCUAAUGUGCUUUUAUCAUUCCAUUUUAUAACUCAUGAUUUACUAUAGAUUCAUUCAUAUCAACAAUUCAUAAUAUACUUUCUUUUUAUAUACGUCUAAAUAUUUUUAUAUUAAAAGUAUAGCUAUUGGUGC